AGAUCAGUAGAAGAAGACAAGCAAGAAGGCGUGUGGUGCAGCAAGGAGUUUUGCAAUUUCUGACAAAGUCAAGAUGAAAUUCUGUGUUCUUUGACUCCAAAACCUCUUUAUUCCAGUGUUUAGUAGUUAUCUUAAGUAACUCUGGAAGUGUCAUGGAGCCUACGAUGCAUCAGAUAUGGAAGAGAGUAUUUCAGCAUCUCCACAAAACCUUUAUUCUACCAAAGAGGAACCAUUCAGGCUGUGCUGAGCACACAGCCGCCCCUCCCUCCGGUCACUCAAGAUAUAUCAAGCCCACGCAGCGGGUGUCUCGUCUCUACCAGCCAUCAAACUUGCAUGAUGUGGGACAGGCCAGCCGAGUGGCAGGAGAAAUGACCUGUAAGAGUCAGAGGCUCAUGCAGCAGGCAGGACUCAUCCAUCCAUCCAAUCCAGGCUGCUACUACUACCUCCCUGCCACGGUCCGCUCCAUGGAGAAGCUGGUGCAAGUUAUCGACCAGGAGAUGCAGGAGAUUGGCGGGCAGAAGCUUGACAUGCCCAGUUUGUGCUCAGCUAAUCUCUGGCAAACCAGUGAGCGAUGGGAUUUAAUGGGAAAGGAGCUGUUCCGUCUGAAAGACCGGCACGGUGCCGACUACUGUCUGGGUCCUACGCACGAGGAGGCGGUGUCCACGCUCGUUGCUCAGCAGCCUCUCUCCCACAAGCGGCUGCCUCUGCUUCUUUACCAGAUCACCCGCAAGUUCAGAGAUGAGCCCAAGCCCAGGUUCGGCCUCCUGCGAGGCCGCGAGUUUUACAUGAAGGACAUGUACUCCUUCGACGCGAGUGAAGAAGCCGCCCGUCAGACGUAUGAAUCCGUGUGCCACGCGUACAUCCAGCUCUUCAAACGCCUGGGCCUGCAGUGCAUUCAGGUGCAGGCCGACACGGGGAACAUCGGCGGCACGCUUUCCCACGAGUUCCAGCUGGCAGCAGACAUCGGGGAGGACCAACUGCUGGUCUGUGGGAACUGCUCCUUUUCUGCCAACGUGGAGACUUUGUCGUCAGAUGGAACCGACUGUCCACAGUGCAAAACUGGGACACUGGUGGAAUCGAAGGGUAUAGAAGUAGGCCACACCUUUUAUCUGGGUAAAAAGUACUCCCAUAUCUUCAACACCACCUUCAACAACGCCCAGAACAAGCCGACUGUUGCUGAGAUGGGCUGCUACGGUCUCGGAGUGACCCGCAUUCUCGCCGCAGCCAUCGAGGUGAUGUCAAGCGAGGAAGGAAUCCGCUGGCCGGGUCUCAUUGCACCCUACCAGGUUUGCGUUAUACCCCCGAAAAAGGGGAGCAAAGAGGAUAAGGCAGCAGUGUUGGCAGAGGAACUCAUUCACAGUUUGGAAGGGGAUCUUCCUGGUCUGAAGGGAGAGGUUGUUCUUGACGAUCGGACACAGAUGACCAUUGGAAGGAGGCUGAAGGACGCCUUCAGGCUGGGAUACCCUUACGUCGUCGUAGUCGGACAGGAAGCUCUAACUGAAACAGCAAAGUUUGAGGUGAUCCGUCAGCAGACGGGGGAGACGGUAUUUCUCAGUAAAGAUGGACUGCUGGAUCUGCUGAGGAAUGUGGAAACGGUAUAAUUAACGUCUUUAAAUCUGGAAAAAACGUUUGAUGUGUGUGUAAGGUGAUGGGCAAAAUUACACAAAACUGUAUAAAACUUGCUGCUAAAACAGUGGUGUUAAUACAGUCUCAUUUACUCAUGGAAAUGAAAGGUAGCCUGUAAUUGUGGGUUUCUUUAUUUUUGUAGCCUACAUAAAUGUUGGUCAUAAAUGUUGUAUAAUAUUCAUGUGCAUCUAAGAGACUUUUCUCAUCAGAUAAUUUGACCCACAGCAGGAAAUAAUGAGAGGUAUGGACAUUAAACAAUGGCUCGCUCAUAGAAACUCUGGACCAGCAUGCACAGUCUGAUCGUUAGAGAGUGAUGCUGUUCUUGCUUUGCAGUGAAAAAUCCCAAUAAAAAAUGAAUAAAUAAUUUUGUUAUGCUUGGAUUCCUUUUGAAUAUUAAUUUCCAUCUCUUCUCCUCUAUGAGGUGGAGGUUUUAACCGUUUAAUUUGGUUUUCUCUUUACCUUUGUGGCCAUAGUUGUCCAAAGGACGGCCGGUCAAAUAAAUAUUACUACUACGCUGAGGCUUUUACUUUUUAUAGAUUGUUUACAUGAUUUAUGUUUAUAA